AUGGCUUUUCCCUUUGUUCCGGUCCCCUUUCCAGUGGACUGGUCCAGAGUGAGCAGGUCCUGCUCUAAGAGAGCGUCUCCCAUACAGACUAACUCGUCAAACUGUGAGAACCCAGCUCUAGAAAGUAGCCUGCUGGUGAGAAGACAUGGACCCUGGGGUGCUGCAGCUGGAAGUCCCACCCUGGACGAGACCUGGAGUGGACCCAGAGGGGACGUGUUGGACGGGUCACCCACACUGCUGGAGGGUGAGGGGAGAUGUGGGGAGAGCUGGAUAGAGAGACCGAACUCUCCCACACUGCUGGGCUAUGAGAUCCUGGAGGAGAGGCCAAAGUUCACGGUUUAUAAGAUCCUGGUGGUGGGGAGUCCAGGAGGAAGAUGGGUGAUCUUCAGACGAUACACAGACUUCUGCAGGCUCAGCAUCAAGCUUAAGGAGCUGUUUCCCAGCUGCCGUCUAACUCUGCCUCCUAAGCGUUGGCUCAAAGACAACUAUGAGGAGGAGUUUCUGGAGAAGAGGCAGGCCGGAUUGCAGACAUUUCUGCAGAACCUAAUGUUACACAAAGAUGUCAUCAGAAGUGAAGCUCUGAGACACUUUCUGUGUUUGGUUGAUCCUCCGAAUCCAUUUGACAGCCUCGAGGAAAGCAGGGCUUUUUGCGAGGCUCUGGAGGAAACCAACCAUCGUUUUCAGAGGGAACUGGUGGAAAAACAGACAGAAGCUGACAGGUUGAAGAAGACUCUGGAGGAGAAGGAGAAGUACAGCGACCUGCUGGUGAAGAGAGUCAAAUCCUUGUCACGUUAUUCUGAGAGUUUUGAUGGGCCCUGUGAGACAACCGAGAUGAUCCCCACCGACGUCAGCACUCAGAGAGAAGGAUUUACGGAUGUGGAUGGAUUUCAGCGAAAUGGGGAUGAAGAUGAUGGCAGAAAAAGCUGACUAAGAUUCAGAAUGCGUUGGUGAGCGUCUGAACCACCAGUAAAAAGCCAGGAAGCUUCCCAGACAACUGCAGCCAGGAUUCCACGUUUGCACUUUCUGCUGAAACAUCAUUUCAUAGAAGCAGAAGCUCAGUGACUGAAUCAUGGAGAACAAAGAACACGCGGAUGCAAUCUAAUGUAACAUCCUGAAUACAUGCACUGAUCAGACACAACACUGAAGUCUGACUGGUUGUCGAUUACAACCCUAAAAACUAAUUUCUGCACUUCAAAGUAACAUAUUUAAAGUUUUCAAACCUUUUGCAAUGUGCAGAUCUAACAAGCCCCCACCUCUACAUACUCCACAUUUGCUGCAGCUCAAGCACACCAACUCAUCUACAGCUCUGCUCAAACGAUGUAAACCUACUCCACACUGCACAAGGGCAAGUUGUAAUAUUGGAAUAAUUCAAUCAUAGAUGAUAGAAAUUGUCAAUGAAAAUCAAAAUGCUGAACCCUAGCAUGUAAAAACCACCAUAUCGACACGUCAACAAGUAAAAACAUUUCUAAUACAGUGUAAGCUCCCCUCAUGUCACCAAAACAGCCCUGAAUUAUCAAGGCACCAACACUGGACCUCUGUGCACAGAGGCCGACCACUGCUGCGUUCCAGCUCCCUUGUUUAGUCCGUAUAGUCAUUUUUGAGCUUUUUAAGUUUAUUGAGGAGUUGGUCGAGGGUCCACUCGUACCCGGCUGCAGCCAUCUGCCACUGGAUAUUUUGGAAUACUGGUUUGGCCUAAGAGGCUCCCUGUAACUGACUGAAUUUUGCUGCUUGGAUUUGUUUUCCAUCUUUAACCGGUUUUCAAAACACAAACGCUAAACACUACUGCUAGUUGCCUGGCUGUUUAAAGAUGGCGGUUCUGUGUUUUCGUCAUUCAUCGUCGGUCACCGUAACCCCGUCUCCAGUCCGUGACGUACUCGGUUCUUAACUCUGGCCCCAGCAAAGAGUUGGUGCCUGAAAAGCACCAGUUUUUGGAGCCUGGAGCUUAGUUUGUGGAAACACAAGAACUGGUGCUAAGUCAGGCACUGGCUCCGAACUAGAACUGGAGCCAGCUUGGUGGAAAAGGUGGUAUCUGGCACAGGGAAGUUGACGGCAGAUUCUUUGGUUCCUGUGGGUUGUGGGCCGGGAUCCCAGUGGACAGGGAUUGCUUUGAUGCAUGCUGUGGAUACUUAAUGUGAGUGGGAUGUGACGAGUUUAGAGGACGGUUCAACACAUUUAAGUCAUUUUCUGGAAAGUUUUUGGAGCUUUUUUUAGUCAGCAACAACGUUUAGGUGGGUGGUACAUGCCACAUUAACGUCCAUAUGAAAACCAGAACACAAGAUUUCCCAGCAGAACAUUGCCUGAAAUGAUAAACGUUAUUUACUUCAUCUGUCUUUCAUGCUCUGACUGAUCAGUGUUCAGCCUAAUUGUUGAAAACUAAGUUGAAUAAGCUACUGUGUGUGUAAAGUAUGUAUUUUAGGAUACCAGAAGCAAUGCGGUUUUUCAUUAGAAAGUGAAUAUCAACCAUAAAUAUCUCAAAAUAAGAAGCAUUUUACAUUCUCAGUGUGCCUGUUUGUUGUCUUGCUUUAAUGAAGGAAGACUCUGUUCCCUCCAUUAGAUCCAGAUAUUUAUUUUGAAGAAUUCUUUUCCUUUUAAGCCAUGUUCUGAGAUGAUCUGGAUCGUGAUGUUCCGCUAAUGCAGACGGUUUUGGAGCCAAAGAAAUAUGAAACAAACAUGACCAGUAGGUGGCGCUUUAGUACAAGAGGAGUUUCUGAAAGUAAAGCAGCUGCAUCUGAAUGAAGAGAUGCUGGGAACUUGAUGUUCUGUUCUCAGCUCAAGGACGUCUGGAGUGCCGAGGAGAGAGCGCAAGAGAGAUGUUUUCCUCUUCAGUAGCGAAUAACGGCUCACAAUCAAUGAAAGGUGUAUGUGUGUGUGUGUCAUGAUCAGACCUAUACAAGAGAGGCUCAUUCAUACCAGCUCCAUUAUCAGCCUGAAGAGCCAUUUUGUUGCUUCCAUUCACCCAUUCUCCCUGAAUUAUUGAACAAAUCACAGACAUGAGCAGCAGAUCUUAUGUCUUGAAGCAGCAGAUCCAUAUUUAUACGGCUACACUGAACAUGUCUGUAGAUUAUUUUUAAUUUUUGUUUAUACUGCACUCUGAAAACUUACAGUAUAAACAAUGAAUGUGAAUGAUAUAUGGAGAAUACAUUUGUGCAGGACUGCAAAAUGAAAAGUGUGAAAUGUCAAAGUCAGCUCAAUUUUCAUAGUUAUCAUAGUUAGACUACUUUAUGUUCCAAAAAACAUUCACUCUUAAAUAAAAAUAAUGGUCCCUACUAGAUGAAUCCCAUAUUAUGGACCUUCUGAUCACUUUGGUAAUUUCUUGACUUUUCCUUUGCUGCCAUCAUCAGGUUGAAACUUCAUUUGUCAAAUUCUUGAUUUAUGGCCAAUUACCUUUUUUUUUUUUUUUGUCUGCAAGUCCACUCAAAAAUGACACCAACCAACCAUGGUGUCAUUGCUUAAGCUUCAUGUGCAAUUUUUUUCUUCUUCUUUGUGACUGUGACCGUUUAUGACCAAUUACCGAUCAAACCAAGAUAUUCUGAUUAGCUGCACCUUACUUCAUGUUAAGUGAUAAUUAGCAAAUGUGAUGUUAAGAGUCUGAACUAAAUGAUCUAGUAUUUCCUUUCCUUAAAUCUGAACACUAGCUUACAAGCACCAUGUUUACAGCCACACAAGGUCGCUUUCUUUCACCACUAAAGUAUUUCUGUGCUAUUAUUAUAUUAUUGUUGGAUCAAAGGAGAGGUACGGAUGAGAAUAACGUAACAAUUGAGCCCAGUUAAGCAAUUACAUGGAGGCCACCUCGAGUGAACUGCUAUCAGAUGUCCAUUACAGACGUACUGAGCUAAAUCAAAUUUUAGCAUUUCUUAUCUGUUCAAAUUUGUGAUAUAGACCAUCUGCCACCCUGUACUCAUAGAUCACAUACUGUAUCAAAAAGCAUUUCACAAUCAGAUAUCAUGGUUAUUGCCAUUUUAUUUGUGAUGUUUUAUUGAAGCAACAAGUAGGUCAGACAUCAGAAACUCAGUUAUCAGUGAUGUGUGUAACUGACGGUUUAUCUGUGUCAAAAUGAUGGACCGCUGCUGUACGUUUUCAUUUCUCUUCCAAAAAGACAACUUAUUCUGGUCUACAUCUGUUUUUAGAAGCAGAAAUUUGGCACACACUCCACAAGAAAAACUUGAAUCUGAGGUGAAGUGAAACUGUAAAAACAAGGUCAGUGGGGAUGCAGAUGCUUCAUUGAAUAUGAUUCCAAGAUCAAAAAAAUGAAAAAAAAACAACGCUUCGUAAUACUUGGCUCCCUUGCACGUGAAUUUGCAGCGUCCCACUGUUUAGGAUCGACUGCAAAAUUUGCAGCAUGUGUAGCUAAGAACAGAACUCUUUUGCAGUCCUGAAUACUUUGCCAGGCUAGCAGCAUCAAAGACUCACAGGCGCCUUUAUGGCAGGUGUACAGACUGCACUGGAGAUAUUUUCUGACAAGUGAUAAAUAAAUAUUUUUUACUUUCAGCAAAUCAGGCGUGAAAUCUGAUUCAAAAGUUUCACACAGGGCAAGUUUAUUUGAAGUCGCACAGUGACAGAAGUUUUAAAUAAAUCUUUAAUGAAUCAUCAUUUAAAAAUGCUUUUUGUGUUUUGUGGGCUAUCUCUGUUUCAUAUUAACCAAGUAUGAAUGUUAAUUUGAUAAUCUGGAACAUUUGUAUGUGACAAAUAUGCAAAAAUACAAGCACUUUAUAUUUUUUACCCUGAA